GAUGUUACGCAAGUGACGACGCACACACCGCAGCUCUCAGCAACCCUCGAGCGUCAAUGCGAUUCUCAGUGGACUGGAGGACACGCUUCGCGCUUAUGCUGGAGAGGUACAUCGACGAGCAAGGGUCCGGCAGCAUGGGAGAGACGCUUCCUGACAUACGCACGGAGGGCGAGGAAAAAUGCCACUCGAACAUCUACACCAUCAGCCAGCCUUGCUCAAGCGGCCGCAGUUCACCGACCAACACGAGCUUCCGCUUGCGCAACUUGCAGCCGGACAGCGUCUCCACCAACCACGUUCGCCCGCCUUCUUCAGAGGAGAGCCUAGAGUCAAACCGGUCCGCUACCAGACGAAACUUGACGACAAUGCUGAGCCUUAUCUACGCCAUAUUCAUCGUGACCCUCGGCUGCAUCUUCACAUCAACCUACCAUGGCCAUUUGUUCUCCAUGAAAGAGUACGACGAGGUAUACGGCAUCGUGAUGUGCGUUGUGGGCAUAGCGUGGCUGGUUGUGCUGCACGUGGACCUGACGCGCUACAAGCUCCACAUCCUGGCACGCAUCAAGAAAAAAUUGAAGGAGUACGAGGAUCUGGCCGACCGUUUUUCAUUCACUACCGAGUGCGUGAUCAACGAACAAUACCCGUGGGCCGAGACGACCAAGGACGAGCCGGAUGACGAGGAGCACCACGUGUUGCCCCACUACCGCUUCCUCAAGGGACGACACUCGGGAAGCUUCUUCCUCAAGACGGGUAUGGCCGUGUUUUGUUCCGGGCACAUAAUCCACGAAGGUUUAAUGCUUUCGAAACACGUGAUUGAUUGGAAUAGAGACCCUGACAACUGCAGAGACAUCAUCAGCAUCCUUCUGCAUUCUCUGAGGCCAGUGUAUUCUUUUUACCAGCUGUUCAUCAUAUUCAAGUACUCGAACGUAUACGGCAUCGUGAUGUGCGUUGUGGGCAUAGCGUGGCUGGUUGUGCUGCACGUGGACCUGACGCGCUACAAGCUCCACAUCCUGGCACGCAUCAAGAAAAAAUUGAAGGAGUACGAGGAUCUGGCCGACCGUUUUUCAUUCACUACCGAGUGCGUGAUCAACGAACAAUACCCGUGGGCCGAGACGACCAAGGACGAGCCGGAUGACGAGGAGCACCACGUGUUGCCCCACUACCGCUUCCUCAAGGGACGACACUCGGGAAGCUUCUUCCUCAAGACGGGUAUGGCCGUGUUUUGUUCCGGGCACAUAAUCCACGAAGGUUUAAUGCUUUCGAAACACGUGAUUGAUUGGAAUAGAGACCCUGACAACUGCAGAGACAUCAUCAGCAUCCUUCUGCAUUCUCUGAGGCCAGUGUAUUCUUUUUACCAGCUGUUCAUCAUAUUCAAGUACUCGAACAUUGUAAUCAAUAGAUUUAAGGAAGUGGCAAGGUUCGGCGUUAUGCACCUUAUAGCGACAUCGCUCCACGCAUGGUUCAGCACGAUCGUCGACGACGCCAUGAGCAGCCACGCUCACCAUUUCAGCGAGGACCACCAUGACAACUCAUCAAACGCCUCGCAGCACACGACGGCCGAUGGUUGCAAGGGACCUUACAGUCCAACAUUCAGCUCAGCGGCCUACUUGUACCCAUGUACCAUCGAGUUCAGCAUAAUAUUGGCGGGAGUGUGGUUCAUUGUGUGGCAGAACAUCGGCAACGUCCACCUACACUCCAAGUCACACCACCUCGAGCAAAAGAUCGACGGGCCUGAGGGUAACCAUGAGAUCACGUACGAGAGCAACGUGGUCAUAAGCGCAGAUUGCCACGCAGCCAACAAAGGUCUUUUCUCCGGCAUCCUCGUCCUGCUCACCUCCAUCAUCACCGUCAUCAUCUUCUUCGUGGUGCUCCAGGGCUCCAACUUCAAGACAGUCGGCGGAACCAUCUACAACUGCCAGGAAGGCAUCCUCACGGCUCUAGGACUGCUCGCUAGCAUUGUGGCCUACUUCAAGGUUAUCCAGUUGGACCAAAACGCGCACCCCGUGACGUUCCUUGACAACUUUCUGCUUUUCAUCCCCCUUCCCUUCUUCUUCAUUCACGCUAUACUGUGCAUAAUGGCCGAACUUCAUCUGUCCGACACCUUCAGGAUAGUGCUUCGCGUGGUCGCACUCGUGCAGAUCAUCAUCCAAACGCCGGUGCUUGUCGAUGGACUCCGACGGUGCAGCAACUCGCACGUGCUCCGCUACCGCAAACCCGGCAGAGAGAUUAUCACCUUCCUCCUCAUUCUCAAUGUCACGCAGUGGGUUGUCUUCACCGUGCAGCAAAAGCACAUAGACGACCUGAUUGCUGCAAAGGUAGUCUACGGGAAUCUGUGGUCUUUUAUUGGACACGCCACAAUCCCGCUGAUGCUGUUCUACAGGUUCCAUUCCGCUGUUUGCCUGGCAGAUAUUUGGCAGGCGGCUUACCACAAGGGCGAGUGAGAACAGUCAUGAUGCGCUACUGGGCUGAGGUAUAUAUAUAUAUAUAUA